AUGUAAAAAAUUAGUGAUUUACCAAAGAGACCUGCAAGAUCAUAAAGGUUGGAACAAAUAAGCAGACGUAUAAAUCUGAUUUCAAAUCAUUUUCCAAUGAAGUUUAUUUAGUAAAAUCAAGCGAUUAAUAUUUACGCAGUCGAGUUUGAUCCACCAAUAGCAGAUGAUGCUAGAAAAUUGAGAGAUGAAAUAGUUAGAUUGGCAACUAAAGAUCUUUAAAUAUAGGGAUUAUAAGAGUUCACAUUAAGAGGCAAGAAUAUUUGGUCAUCUUUCAAUGUUAAGGAUCGUUUGAUAGCCAAAGCAUCAUUCUAAGAGUUAGAAUAUGUAGUUAUAGCAUAACACAAGAAGGAGUAUACAUUGUCAGACCUUUCAGAAACAACAACGAAUCCAGUCACACAAUCAAUAAAUGUAGCAGUUAAGAGAUCUUUAAAGGAGAUGGGUAUGAUAGAAAUUGGUAGGUAAUCUAAAUUUUAUGAUCCAAAAAAUAUUGAAUGCAAUAGAAUUAAUGAACAUGGAUUAAAAGUAUGGAGAGGAGUUAAGACAUCCUUCUAGUUCUACCAAGGCAUGCCAUUUCUUUAAAUUGAUUUUGCAUCCAGAGUUCUUAGAGAUCAGAAUGCCUUAGAAUUCAUGUUAAGUCUCAACUCUAGAAAUAUUUAAGAUAUCAAAAAUGAAAUGAUUGGAUUAAGUGUAUUGGCAGCCUAUGGGAAUUGCAGAAUUUAUAAAAUAGAUGACAUUGAUUUCAGUCUUUCUCCUGUGCAUUCAUUCUAAUUGUAAGAUGGAAAGUCUAUCACUUAUUAAGAAUACUACAAACAAAGAUAUAAUAUUUAAAUCAAAGAUCUCUAACAACCUCUUUUAGUAUUCAAAGAUAAAAGAAAUCAAGAUAAAAUAUCCUAUUUAGUUCCUGAGUUAUUGACUAUGACAGGUUUGACUGAUCGUUAAAGAUGUGACUAGAGAUGCAUGCAAAGUGUUGCUAAAUAUACUAAAUUGACACCUCAACAAAGAGAUGAUGAGAUAUAUGGGUUCUAUCAGAAAUUAAAAAAGUAACUUAGUAAAUAGAAUAUUCAAUUGAGUGAUGAUCAGAAUGUCUGUGGAUUUCAACUUCAAGCACCUCUAAUAUAUAUGGGUAAUAAAGAAUACUAAACUGAUCAAAGUGGAUUCUUCAUGAUCAAAGAUCCUGUAUUUUAAGGAUCUCACAUUCAAGAUUGGUUUAUGGUUUACCAUUCAAGAGGAAAGAAUGAUGAUGACGAUGUUGAUUUUAUAGUUUCGGAAUUGUAAAAACAAGGAGAGAGAAUCGGAAUCAGAAUUGAGAAACCCUACUUUGUUAUGCUUAAAGACAACAACAUAUAAAAUUGGCUGUAGAGAUUGACAGCUGAAAUUGGAGACAAACCUCCAUAAUUGAUAGUCACUUUUGUUAACGAAAGAGAUAAAGAUAGAAUAUAUGGACAUAUCAAGAAGUACUGUUUUCAAGAUCAAGGGAUCAGUCAUUAAAACAUUCUAAGCAAAUUCUUAAAAACCAAAAAUCCUUCCAGCGUUGCUUCUAAAAUAGCUUAAUAAAUGAGUAUGAAAUUAGGUAAUCCUUUAUGGGCCAUCCCAAAACCAAAUGGCAUUUCAGAUAAAACUAUGGUUGUUGGCAUCGAUAUCUAUCAUAAAUUAUUAACCAAUCGGAAAUCUUGUAUGGGAUUUGUUGCCUAUUUGGAAUCUGAGUGUUUAAAUACAUUUGCUAAACCAAUCAUUAUGAGAGAAGGUUAGGAAAUGUCUUAAGAAGUUGGAAGAGUGAUUGUAGAAGCUAUCUCUGCUUAUUUUGAAAGGAAUGGCAGAAAAUAUCUACCUGAUACCAUAAUUGUAUUUAGAGAUGGUGUUGGAAAUGCUUAAAUUGAGGCACUUAAACAGACUGAAAUACAAUAAAUGAAGAAUGCCAUUAAGAGUAUCAAUAAGAAUUACAAUCCAUAAUUUGCUGUUAUUAUGAUCAAUAAGAAAAUCAAUGAUCGUUUCUUCAUGGUCAAUGGUGGUGGUGGGUAAAAUCAGUAGAAAUAGUAACUUUCUAAUCCUCCUUCAGGAAGUGUCAUCGCAGACAAGAUAACAUCCUCUAAUUUUGAUUAUUUCAUCACUGCUCAAUAUGUUACUUAGGGUACUUGCACUCCCACUCAUUAUAGAGUUUUAGAGAACAAUACAAAUUGGAGUGAAGAAUUGUUUUGGUAAUUAACUUAUUAUCAAUGCUUUAAUUAUUAGAAUUGGACUGGAGCUGUCAGAGUACCAUCCUGUGUGUAAUAUGCCCAUAAAUUAGCUUAUCUAAUAGGAGACACUUAUCAAGGGAACAUUCAUAAACGAUUGGCACAUCUAUAAUGUUGUCUAUGA